AUGACCACAGAUCCUAAGUUAAAUGAUCACAAAACCACAGAUCCUAAGUUAAAUGAUCACAAGACCUCAGAUCCUAAGUUCUGUGAUCACAAGACCACAGAUCCUAAGUUCUAUGAUCACAAGACCACAGAUCCUAAGUUCUAUGAUCACAAGACCACAGAUCCUAAGUUCUAUGAUCACAAGACCUCAGAUCCUAAGUUCUGUGAUCACAAGACCGCAGAUCCUAAGUUCUGUGAUCACAAGACCGCAGAUCCUAAGUUCUGUGAUCACAAGACCACAGAUCCUAAGUUCUAUGAUCACAAGACCGCAGAUCCUAAGUUCUGUGAUCACAAGACCACAGAUCCUAAGUUCUAUGAUCACAAGACCACAGAUCCUAAGUUCUAUGAUCACAAGACCUCAGAUCCUAAGUUCUGUGAUCACAAGACCGCAGAUCCUAAGUUCUGUGAUCACAAGACCGCAGAUCCUAAGUUCUGUGAUCACAAGACCACAGAUCCUAAGUUCUAUGAUCACAAGACCGCAGAUCCUAAGUUCUGUGAUCACAAGACCACAGAUCCUAAGUUCUAUGAUCACAAGACCGCAGAUCCUAAGUUCUGUGAUCACAAGACCACAGAUCCUAAGUUCUGUGAUCACAAGACCGCAGAUCCUAAGUUCUGUGAUCACAAGACCGCAGAUCCUAAGUUCUAUGAUCACAAGACCACAGAUCCUAAGUUCUGUGAUCACAAGACCACAGAUCCUAAGUUCUGUGAUCACAAUCGCACUUCACUCAAGUACCACCUUCACAAUCCCACACAUAAUCACAGACCCAGUACCAUAAUCACAUUACCACAUAGUACCAUUAUCACCACCACAGUACACCCACAGUAUCGUGAACACAAUCCCAGUGCCACAUCCCCAGUGACACCCACCCUAGUAUCACGAACACAAAGACACACAUGA